AUGGCUCUCGCAGCAUAUAGAAACUUGAUGCGCGCAGCCCGCAUCGCCUUUCAAGGCGAUGCCCCGAUUCUGGCUGCCGCUCAGCAACAAAUCCGCCACGAAUUCCAACAAAAAUCCUCUCUCAACUCAUCCGACGCCUCUACGCAAGAAGCUAUCCAACAUGCGCAAGAGGUUGCCAACUUUCUGAAAGCGAAUGUCGUCCAGGGAAAGCGCAUGGAGGAAGGAGACAACAUGUACAAACUACGAAUCCAUGAACAUACAGAAAGAGGCGACAACGAGAGUAUAAAACUUGCCGGGAGUGGCACCGUAGGUGGUGGCUGCUGCGGAGGCAGUGGCAGAUGA